UCUGUCAGUGUUUUCAUCUGCAUUCGCUGUUUUCCUUUUUUUCCUCUGCUGUUUGUUACUCUGCUCUCCAUCCUGCUGACAGUGCUGUGUAGUGGCUGCACUAUGUGGUGGUGGCUGCUAGGUGUGUUGAGCUGUGUGCUGCUGGUGGUGGUUGUCAUCUUCUUCCUGAUCACAGGGCAACGCUACAAGGUGUUCAGCGAGAAGUGCCUGAGGCCACCAGGGCCUUUGGUCACCGACAGCAGACAGAGGGACGACAGGCUGAAGAGAGGGUUCCGUGUGGACCGCGUUCCCCCCUCUCUGGAUGCGGUGGUAAUUGGCAGCGGUGUGGGAGGGUUGACAGCAGCAGCGCUUCUGUCCAAAGCCGGGAAGAGGGUUGUAGUUCUGGAGCAACACGAUCAGGCUGGAGGCUGCACACACACCUUUCAGAAUAAGGGAUUUGAGUUUGAUGUGGGAAUCCAUUACCUGGGCCAGCUUCAUGAGAACAGCCUCCUGAGGGUUGCUCUAGAUCAGAUCACAGAUGGAAAGCUGCAGUUCACACGGCUGGAGCAGCACUUUGAUACACUGAUACUGGGUCAUCCUGACCAGCGCAGGGAGUACCACAUCCAUGCAGGGAAGACUGAGAUGGCAGCUAGCCUGAAAAAGCAGUUCCCAGGAGAAGAGGAGGCCAUUGAUGAGUUCAUGAGAUUGAUGAAGCUAGCCUCACGACGGACGCCACUUAUCGCCAUCUUGAAGAUCAUACCGUAUUGGCUGGUUAACAUCCUGGUUCGGACUGGUCUAUUAGACUGUAUAUCUUCGGUGUUCCGGCUAGCAGCAACCAACCAUUCAGAAAUGAUGUCCCGCCUCACACAGAACAAGGACCUGCACGCGCUGUCUGCCUACCUGUUCUAUGGUGUGCCUCCUAAAGAGUCCAGCUUUCUCAUCAAUGCUCUCCUUCUUCACCAUUACAAGCGUGGUGCAUACUACCCACGAGGGGGCGCCAGCGAGUUUGCUUUUCACAUCAUCCCUGUCAUUCAGCGGUCAGGCGGUGCCGUGCUGGUCAGGGCUCCUGUGCAACGCGUCCUGCUCAAUCAGCAAGGGAAGGCAUACGGUGUGACAGUGCUUAAAGGACAAGAAGAGAUUGAGGUCCAUGCCCCUGUUGUCAUUUCCAACGCCGGAAUCUUCAACACCUUCCAGAAGUUUCUGCCUCAGCACAUACAGGACAAACCAGAGAUCCAGUCACUGUUGGGUAUGGUGCGUCAUGGUAUGGGUUCCUUCUUGGUCUUUGUUGGUCUGGAUGGAACCAAAGAGGAGCUGGGCAUUGUUUCCACCAACUUCUGGAUGUAUAAAGACAAUGACUUGGACUCACUUAUGGAGCAGUACUCUUCUCUGAGCAGAGAACAGGUAUUGGGCAACAUUCCCAUGAUGUUCAUCACCUUUCCAUCCGCCAAAGAUCCUACAGCCAACAUCAGACACCCAGGUAAGUCCUGUAUGACGUUGCUAACCAUGGCUCGCUAUGAGUGGUUCGAGGAAUGGGAGGGGACAAAGCUUGGCAAGAGGGGACAGGACUACCUGGAUCUGAAAAACGGCAUGGCGCAAGAGCUGCUGGACUGGGCACUAACAAUCUUCCCUCAAUUACGAGAUAAGGUGGUUAUGGUGGAUGCAGCUACUCCUCUAACUAAUGUCCACUAUUUGGGCGCUCCAAGAGGUGAGAUGUACGGCGCUGAACACAACUUGGAGCGCUUCACCCCAGAAACUGUUGCUAGGACACGACCACAGACACCCAUCAGCGGACUCUACCUAACAGGUCAGGACGUAUUCUGUAACGGCAUGGCUGGGGCGCUUCAUGGCGGACUGCUCUGCGCCUCUGCUGUCCUUAAUCAAAUCCUCUACAUUGACCUUCUCGCCCUGAAGACCCGCCUCAAACACAGGCAGACCAAUCAUAAGCUGACAUAGCUUUCACACAUACUUUACUGCUGAUCAAACUGGGCUCUCUCGCACAGUUUUGGUUGUUUUGUUCUCCGUUGGGUUCUCAUGUGAGUACCAUUGUAUCCUG